AUGGAUAAAGUUGGUAUUUGCAAACAGGAUGUGCUCCAGAAGAAAAAGAAUGCUGUCUUGGUGGAUGGGGUCAUCUUAAAUGGUCCAAUAAUGGACUCAAAAGCAGGAGAGAAGUUUGUGGAAGAGGCCUGUAAGAUUAUAAUGGAAGAAGUGAUCCAGAAAGCUAAUGACGUCACGGAAAAGGUUUGUGAAUGGCGGUCCCCGGAAACACUGAAGAAGAUUCUUGAUCUGGAAAUGAGAGACACUGGAGAAUCUCAUCAGAAACUCUUGCAACUCUGCCAGGAUGUUAUACAAUACAGCGUCAAAACCAGUCAUCCAAGAUUUUUCAAUCAGCUGUAUGCUGGAAUAGAUUAUUACUCAUUAGUGGCUCGUUUCAUUACCGAAGCAUUGAACCCAAGUGUAUACACAUAUGAAGUAUCCCCUGUGUUUCUGUUAGUGGAAGAGACAGUCAUCAAGAAAAUGAUUGAGUUCAUAGGCUGGGAAGAAGGUGAUGGCAUAUUUAAUCCAGGUGGCUCUGUUUCUAAUAUGUAUGCUAUGAACUUAGCAAGAUACAAAUUUUGUCCUGAGAUAAAAGAAAAAGGGCUUUCAGGUUUGCCAAGACUAGUCCUGUUCACUUCGGAAGAGUGUCAUUACUCCAUGAAAAAGGCAGCCUCUUUUCUGGGUAUUGGUACAGAGAAUGUUUACUUCAUCAAAACAGAUGAAAGAGGUAAGAUGAUACCUGAGGAACUGGAGAAACAAGUCCAGCGGGCCAGGAAAGAGGGGUCAGCACCAUUUCUUGUCUGUGCUACUGCAGGCACAACAGUACUGGGAGCAUUUGAUCCUCUGGAUGAAAUUGCUGAUAUCUGUGAAAAGCAUGGCCUCUGGCUUCAUGUAGACGCUUCUUGGGGUGGCUCGGCUUUGAUAUCAAGGAAGCAUUGCAGACUUCUUCAUGGCAUCCACAGGGCUGAUUCUGUUGCUUGGAAUCCCCAUAAAAUGCUGUUGGCUGGAAUCCAGUGCUGUGCUCUUCUGGUGAAAGACAACUCUGGCCUCCUGAAGAAGUGUUACUCUGCCAAGGCUGCGUACCUGUUCCAGCAGGACAAGUUCUACGAUGUCAGCUAUGACACUGGUGACAAGUCCAUUCAGUGCAGCAGGCGUCCGGAUGCAUUCAAAUUCUGGCUGAUGUGGAAGGCACUGGGAACCACAGGCCUCGAGGAGAGAGUGAACAGGGCACUGGCUUUGGCUAGAUAUCUAGUGGAGGAAAUUAAGAAAAGAGAGGGAUUUCAGCUUCUUCUGGAGCCGGAGUAUGCAAAUAUUUGCUUUUGGUACAUUCCACCGAGUUUAAGAAAAAUGGAGGACGGACCUGAAUUUUGGCAGAAGCUACACGAGGUUGCUCCUAUAAUUAAAGAAAGAAUGAUGAAGAAAGGCAGCAUGAUGCUUGGGUACCAGCCUCACCGGGGCAAAGUCAACUUCUUCCGCCAGGUGGUGAUCAGCCCACAAGUGAGUCGAGAGGACAUGGACUUCUUGCUGGAUGAAAUUGAACUGCUUGCUAAGGACUUGUAG